UGCUUUAAAUGCUCCAAAGAAACUGAAUCUAGAAAGAAGCUAAAUGACUGUAAUGAACGGAGCACUGAGACAAAGAGCCUUUAACCGGCCUUGUCCUUUAUUUAGCUGAAACUACAGGCUGAACUGUGACCAGAGCCUCCUGCACCGUCGCUGCUGGAGGAGGAGGAGGAAGAGGAGGAAGAGGAGGAGGAGGAGGCUGCGCUAUAAAAGCUGGAGUCGCUGAGCUGCCCUGAACUUGCAGGAGCGGAGCUUCCCUGGAUGUUCAGCAGCGGCCGCUGGAUGAUGCUUUCUCUGGCUUUCUCUGGAUCUCUGAGUUGACCCAACAUUGUUGCGGGUGGUGACGCGCAGAGGAUGAAGAGGAGGAGGAGGAGGCAGAAGCGUGUCUGAGCGCAGAGCAUGCAGCUCCCCUCAUUCUGCACAUGAAGCAGGAAGGCAGCCGCUGCAUGCGGGUCUGAGAGCUUGCCAAGCGGUCAGUUGGAGCUCGAUGAGCGGGGGAUGUGACGGAGGACGGCGGAGGGAUGGAGACGCCCGCCAGCUACGGAGAUCUGCUGAACUUCUCCACCAAUGACACCAACAGCAGUCCCGGCUCCGGGGCGGAGGAGCGGGGCUCCAACCUCUCUUUCCAGGCCACUCUGGCUCUGACUCUGGCUCUCAUCACCUUCGCCACCACGCUCUCCAACGCCUUCGUCAUCGCCACCAUCUACCAGUCCCGGAAGCUGCACACUCCGGCCAACUUCCUGAUCGCGUCCCUGGCACUCACCGACCUGCUGGUGUCCAUCCUGGUGAUGCCCAUCAGCGCGCUCUACACGGUGGUCCAGACGUGGCCGCUGGGUCAGGUGAUGUGCGACAUCUGGCUGUCCUCCGACAUCACCUGCUGCACCGCCUCCAUCCUCCACCUGUGCGUCAUUGCGCUGGACCGCUACUGGGCCAUCACGGACGCCGUGGAGUACUCCAAGAAGCGCACGGCGGGGCGCGCAGCCGGCAUGAUCGCCACCGCCUGGGUCAUCGCCAUCUCCAUCUCCCUGCCGCCGUUCUUCUGGCGCCAGGUGAAAGCGGAGGAGGUGACGAGCUGCAACGUCAACACGGACCACAUCUUCUACACCAUCUACUCCACCUUCGGCGCCUUCUACAUCCCCACGCUGCUGCUCAUCUGCCUGUACGGGCGGAUCUACGUGGAGGCGCGGAAGCGCAUCCUGAAGCAGGCGCAGAACAAGCCGGGGAAGAGGCUGACCUCUGCGCACCUGAUCACCAACUCCCCCGGCUCCGUGGCCUCCACCACCUCCCUCAACUACGGCACGAACGACGCCUCCUCCUGUGACGCUACCUCAUCCCCCCCCAAUGUGAACCAAGUCAAAGUCACUGUGUCCGACGCGCUGCUGGAGAAGAAGCGCAUCUCUGCGGCCCGGGAGAGGAAGGCCACCAAGACUCUGGGGAUAAUCCUGGGGGCCUACAUCGUCUGCUGGCUGCCCUUUUUCAUCUACACUCUCUUAGUGCCUCUCUGCGAGUCCUGCUUCCACCCGGGUCUGUUUGACGUCUUCACCUGGCUCGGUUACCUCAACUCUCUGAUCAACCCCAUCAUCUACACCAUGUCCAACGAGGACUUCAAGCAGGCUUUCCACAAACUCAUGAUGCGCUUCAGGUGCUGCAGGGCAUGAGAACAAGCGGACAGCCUUUACAGGUGGAAAGCUGAAAAUGGCCGAAUGUGCUGCAGCUUACAGAAAAGGCUCAGAUCACAUAUAGAGAUAUCUGCUUUAUGUGGGUCCCAGCAGGGAAAGGCAUUUAAAUACCGUGACACAGCCAUAUUUUACUUUUGUGGGUUUUAUAGCAAUGAAAUGAUAAUUGUUACAUGUUGUAGGACACAAUGAUUUCCAGCCAUGUAUCAUCUCAGCAAUGCAACAUUUACACAUGGGUCCCAUAUGCAGUCUACACCAUGAAUGAGAAUAAUAUAGAAAAUAAGCGGUUUAUUCCAGUAACUCAGUACUAAGAAAAACACUUUAGAUUAUUUAAAUGCAGACCUAAGGUACCAUCCCUUUAUUUCUGAUCAUUCUGAGGAUUUUCUGCUAACAGCCAGUAAAAACACAACAUUUAAGAUUACAGAAUUACAUCAGAGCAUAAAAAGAGGAACUAAUGAAAUGUAUGUUAUACAACUCAUCAGAAUACAGAUUUGAAUUCACUGAAUAUGAUUUUAGGGUAAAUAUGAGAUGAAAAUUUGGCCAAAAAUGAGGAUUUUGUGGGUUCUAUAAUAGGCGGCCCAUAUAUUAGGGGCGUUGAGCGGGUCCCAACUGUGACGGAUACAACAAUCCCAUCUGGGUCACAUACUGGGUUCUAUGUGGGCUCUAUGAAGGUAACAAUGCAGGCUGGGUGGUCUCCAGCCAUUAAUAAUCUAAUUCAGCAACAGGUUGGUAGAUGUUGUGGAGCAUGAGCCAUGAUUUAUUGUUCUGCAUGACAGCAGCAGAAACACGUGGGGCCAAAUAGGUGGGUCUUACCCAGCAGUACUAAAAUAAAAGCCUGAUAGAUCAACCCGUUUCAUGGGAAAUUUCAUCUCUGAGAGUUUAUGUAUUAUUCUAAAUUAGAUUUAAGUAAGACACUGCCAUUUGAUCUUAACGACUCCCCAUUACUAAGGAGUGGACCUGUUCUGUUUAAUCUGCAUGUUAUCUAAACC